AUGACACAGGACGCUCAACAACAGGGACCGCAGCAACCCCCACACGGUCCACAACCUCCACAGGGUCCACAACCCCCACAAGGGCCACACCCACCACAAGGUCCGCAGCCUCCACAAGGGCCACAACCCCCACAUGGUCCACAGCCUCCGCACGGUCCACAACCCCUGCAAGGUCCACAGCCGCCACAGGGUCCGCAACCCCCACAAGGUCCGCAACCUCCACAGGGCCUACAGCCCCCGCAAGGCCCACAGCCACCACAAGGUCCGCAGCCUCCACAAGGGCCACAACCCCCGCAUGGUCCACAGGGCCCACAUCCUCCACAGGGUCCACAACCCCCACAGGGUCCGCAACCCCCGCAAGGUCCGCAACCUCCACAAGGACCGCAACAAGCCAUUUUCACUUGA